AAAGGACUAGAAUCCAGUGCGAUGUCGUUUAGCCACUUUUUCCCAUACAGCUUCUACACCACUACACUCACACCACCAUCUUUCUCCUUCAUGUGAUAGAGCGUCUUUCGAAAAGCGAAUUUUCCCUUUUUCUUUUCCUUUAUUCUCUCCACCACUAACAAUCCUUAACCUCCGCCGCCGAUGUCGUCAUCACCGCCACCGGAAAUCUCUCCGCCGUCUCCUCUCCAACCGUCAGUAAUCAACGUCACAACUCCGCCGUCAUCUUUUCCCCUAUUUCCACCAACAAAUGCAAGUUCUGAACCGGAUCCUUCGGCACCGGUUCAAACUCGAUCUGGUAAUAAUAAUAACAACUCUGCAUUGGUUUCUCUUGGAGUUGGAAUCGGCAUUGGCGGUGCAGUUGUUCUCGUGUUUGUUGCUGUUUUCGUUGUGUGGUACAAGAGGCGGAAGAGACGACGUCGUGCCGCAGCUGCGGAUGAUCCGCUAGGGUUUAAAGAUGGCCUUGGCGGCGCACCUCAAAACUGGCAACAUAAUGUUCCUCCCUCAAAGGAAAAAACGAACGGAUUGCCUUCAAAGUUCAAUAAUUCACCAUCUAAUUUUCAAUUAUCUUCAUUUGGUUCUUCAGCCCCUCCUCAACCACAUUCAACAAGUAGUGCAAGCUCUGAGAAGCCCAAUCCAACUAACAUGGCUUAUGGAAACAAUAAGACCGUAUUUACAUAUGAAGAGUUAGCAAAUGCAGCUGAUGGUUUCUCACAAGCCAAUCUUCUUGGUCAAGGUGGUUUUGGGUAUGUUCAUAAAGGAAUCCUUCCAAAUGGAGAAGUAGUUGCUAUUAAACAAUUGAAAAUUGGAAGUGGACAAGGGGAACGUGAAUUUCAGGCUGAAGUUGCUACCAUUAGCCGUGUUCAUCAUAAACAUCUCGUUUCAUUGGUUGGAUACUGCACUUCUGGGCUUCUUCAAAGGAUGUUAGUUUAUGAGUUUGUUCCGAACAACACUCUCGAGUUCCAUCUACACGGAAAGGGAAAUGAUAUCUUAAACUGGGAUAUGAGGAUGAAAAUUGCUCUAGGAUCAGCAAAAGGAUUGGCAUAUUUACAUGAAGAUUGUCAACCGAAGAUCAUUCAUCGGGACAUCAAGUCUGCAAAUAUACUUCUUGAUAACAGUUUUGAGCCGAAGGUUGCAGAUUUUGGACUUGCUCGAUUUACUUCUGAAACAGAUACUCACGUUUCUACUCGUGUGAUGGGAACUUUUGGCUAUUUAGCUCCAGAGUAUGCUCUUACUGGGAAGUUGACUGAAAAGUCAGAUGUCUUUUCCUUUGGUGUCAUGCUUCUUGAAUUGAUUACCGGACGCCGACCCAUUGAUAAAGCUCAAUUUUUGGAUGAUAAUAUUGUUGACUGGGCAAGGCCAUUGCUAAGUCAAGCGUUGGAAGAUGGCAACUUUAGCACAUUGGCUGAUGCAAGAUUGCAGAAUAAUUAUGACUGUACUGAAAUGUCUAGGGUAAUUACUUGUGCUGCUGUUUGUGUGCGCCACUUAGCAAGACGUAGACCAUCAAUGAGCCAGAUAUCUCGAGCCUUAGAAGGAAACCUGCCACUAGAGGAAUUGGAUGAGGGUAUCAAACCUGGGCACAACAAAUUAAAUGGUUCUAAUGAAAGCUCGGAUUUUGACACAGCCCAAUACAGAGAACAGCUAAAAAAGUUCCAAAAAAUGGCAUUUGAAAGCCAAAAUAACUCUAGCGUGUGGAGCGCACCCACAAGCAAUCUUGGACAACAACCAUCUGGAUCUAGCAGUGAGGGCUUAAGAACAACACGCGAUCUGGGGUCGAGUGUCGGAACUCAUCAAAUACCAAUCGAUUGAUAAGAUAUAUAAACACUGAAUCCAGUUUGUAGGAUUCUUGAUUUUCAAAGUUAGUAGGAAGAUUUAUUUUGAAUAUUGUGUUUAAUUGUUUACAUAGAGGUAGUUUAUCAUUGUACAGAGGACUAAAGUGCAGUUUAUGGUUUGAUUGGUUUUGUUGAACUAGGAGGUUGGGACCAAAAGGUUUAUGUUUGUUAUAGUGGCAUGUUCGUGUAUUUUUAUGGUUUGAGACAUUUAUUCCAGCUUUUGUUCUUUG